AUGAUUUUUCUGGUCAAGGAUAUGUGCGAUGGUCCACGGCAACAAUACGCACAUCGCUCUGAUAGCGGAGGGCGAGGAAGAACUCUAUGGCAAGUUCCAGAAAUGGCAGAAAGUGCUGGCGGAAACGGGCUCCGGCUGUUCGUGAAGAAGACCGGGUUCCUCAGCUCCGAGGAGGGCACAGGAUCAAUCAUAGACGGUCACGGGGAAGCCAUCGAAAAGGUUCGGGACUUCCGAUACCUGGCGCGUGAUCUAGCCGCUAAUGGUAGAGUGGACCAGGCCGUAAAAGCCUGGAUGAACGCGGAUGAAGUGGAGGGAGUCCUCCGGUAUCAUCUGCGACCGUCGGUGCUCCAGGACUCUAAAAAUUGUAUCAGGCAGUGGUAA